CGCCAUUGGCACCUUCGAUGCGAGCCACAGGCCACAGCCACCCCCUCCCGCCCGAUAAUAUCCUGUUUCCCUCCGUGACGAUCCGAUCGUCGUCCCCGAUUGUUGCCUUCCGGCGCGGCGCGGCGAAAGCAACCCUCGUCCGUGAUGGAUCCUGUCCUGUUCUCCUCCGGCGAGAAUUACGGGCCCCCUAUCUGCUGUGCCGACUGCCAAGCUUAUCCUGCUCCUGCUCCCUCUCCGCCUCCGGCCUCCAACUUGUCAGCGAGUUAUAUUCUACCAAGUGGUGGAGGAGUGCCCGCAGAAGCAACGACGACGCACACGGCUGGCUUGAGCAAGCCAGCCAAGCAACAAUGGCGGACGGAGGACCGAGGGAGGACGAAGCGGAGAGGGUGCUGCAGGUGGUGGCAGACGCGAUGAUUCUAUAUAUCUGGAGACGAAUGGAUCGAGGAAUGGGGAGUGGGCUCAGCUCGAGCGGCCACGAUUUAUGUUUAAUGGAGGCAAAUCAGGAGAUAAUUGGAUUUUUGCCACUCACAAUGUUGUCUUCUUGUUAUAAUUACCACUGCAUCUACAAUGUUGUCUUCUUGUUAUAAUUACCACUGCAUCUAUGAA